ACCGGAUGUUGUUUGUUUCUGAUACGGUGCACAACAGAAGUAAAGAGGUGAAAUAUAGUUUUUUCCAUCCGUGCUUUAAUAGGAAUUUAUUUCUUGUUUUUGACAUAAUGGUGCUGAAUUAGUCACUUUCUUAACCAGAAUUGGUUGGCAGGUUGGAGUAAUUGGAUUGUUAUGACUUCUUAAUUGAUUACAGUCUUAUUUAGAGAAUCUAAAUGUGAUGUGAAACUUUUGGUUGUUGAUAUGCGUGGUUUUCUUGUAGUUCUUUGAUUAAGAUUUGACUAUAUAGUUGUUUCAUUCAGCUUCUCACGAGUAUGGCUUGCUUCAACAAAGUUGGAACAAUGCUAAGGCAAAGCAUAUCUGCCUCUAGUGCAAUUAGUGGGCAGUCCUCGAUGUUUAAUGCUAUCCGCUGCAUGUCCACCAAGCUUUUCAUUGGAGGGCUUUCUUCUCAGAGAUGCCUUUUCCAGCUUCGGUGAUGUUGACUCAGCAAAAGUUAUAGUCGACAGAGAUUCUGGAAGAUCGAGAGGGUUUGGUUUUGUGUGUUUCACUAGUGAAGAGGCUGCUAACUCGGCUCUAUCAGCAAUGGAUGGACAGGAACUGAAUGGUAGGAACAUCCGCGUGAGCCAGGCCACGGAGAGAUCUCCUCGCAAUAGCUAUGGGCGUGGUGGUGGCGGUUAUGGAGGCAAUAGCUAUGGCCGUGGUGGUGGUGGUGGCGGUUAUGGAGGCUAG